AUGUCGAAUAAGGUACCUAAUCUCAGUCUAUCUAAUGGUUUAGCAUUCUAUGAAGUACCGGAUUGUUUGAAAAUCUUGACUGAAUUAGAAGAAAGAUUAAUAUCACCAAGAAUUCCUUUUAUGGUUAUUCGAAGUUUAGGUUCUUGUAAACAAUUCGGUCUCAAGGGUAACCUUGUAAAUGUUCCCAUGAAUGUUGAUACGAAUGUUUCAGUAUUGCCUAGAAGUUUCAGUGAUACUCACACGAUUCAAUUGAAACUCAUGAGACAAAUGAAAAAUAAAAAUGCUUUUAUGUAUGAAACAAUUCGACCAAAAGUUGUGCAUACUACUGUAAAAUAUUUGGUUGAGCAAGAGCUGUAUAAAGAUGAGGGAAUUGUGAUAUCUCAUGAUUGGCUGAAAGAAUAUUCUAACGAGAGAGAGAAUUUUAUCAUCGAUGAUGAAGAUAAGAAAUUCGAUGAAAAUGAAAACAUCAGCAAAGAUUUUGAUGACCAGGACAAAUGGAAUGAAUGUGACGAUAAACUAGUCAAUCCAAGUACUACUGAAACAUUAUUAAAUGACGAGAUUGGUGAUCAGAAUGAUAUUGGUAUCAAAUUUGCUCCAGGAGAGAAUAACAGACCGACAUCGAUUUUAAUGGAUUUAAAAGUCGAUGAAUUAACAUUUCCGAAGAUUUAUUGUGGCAAGCAAAGAAAAAUCAAAGCGAAUGUUAAAUUAACUUAUGCUAAGAUUGCCAAAAAUGAUCCUGUAACAUGCGUUCGUUAUUUUGAACAUAGAUUAAAAUGUUUAUGGGAGAUAUUAUCGGCACCUUGUGGUCCAUUUCAAGGCUAUGAAUUAGAAGAUAAAUAUGUCAGAGUUGAAUUCCAAGUCCGUGGUUCACCACAUAUUCAUGCUCUAUUAUGGUUAAAAAAUGCUCCGAAAUACGACAAAGAUAAACCUGAAUCAAUUGAAAGAUGUACAGAAUUUAUUGAUAAACUGAUUUCGGUUAAUUGUAAGCCAACGAAAUUUUCCGAAGACCUUAUAUGUUUGCAACGUCAUAAGCACUCACAUACCUGUAAAAAACACGUGAAGGAUGGCAUUGAAUGUCGCUUUGGUAUUCCAUAUUUUCCAAUGAGAAAAACGAUGAUUUUAGAGCCAUUCAGUGAUGAUGAAAAGUUAACUAAGAAAGAACGUGAAGAGAUAAGAAAAAAAAGACGAAAUGUAGUUCAAGAACUUGAUAAAAUAUCAAAAGAUACAGAUAAUUCAUUAACUUUUGAUGAAUUCUUGAAACAUAUCGAUAUGAAUGAAGAAGAAUAUAUUAAAAUGAUUCGAGCUGGAUUAAAAAAAGCGAAAGUAUUCUUGAAACGUGCUCCAAAUGAAAUCAGAAUCAAUGCAUACAAUCCAAUGAUAAUGUCAUUGCACAAAGCAAAUAUGGACAUUCAGUUCAUUCUUGAUCCUUAUGCAUGCUCAAUGUAUUGUGUUGACUACAUUAGCAAAUCUGAAAAUGGAAUGUCUAAAAUUCUAAGAGAAGCAUUGAAUGAGCUAAAAAAAGGCAAUAAUACAGUCAGAGAACGUCUUAGAGUUAUUGCAA